AUGGAUUUUUGCAAUUUCAAAUCCGAAAAACAAGGAGAAAAUAAGCCAUUCGUCUCACGCAUUGUUUUUUCGGACGACGCCACAUUCCAUGUAAGUGGAAAAGUCAACCGCCAUACUGUCAGGAUUUGGGCUUUAGAGCAACCACACGCAACUGUUGAGCAUCAAAGAGGAGAUUCACCAAAAAUCAAUGUUUUCUGCGCAAUUUCCAGGGAAAAAGUUUACGGUCCAUUUUUUUUUUCUGAAAACACAGUAACGGGUAACACAUAUCUAAACAUGUUGCAAACAUGGUUGUUUCCAGUUACAAGCGAAUAGUGACGAGUUUGUUUUUCAACAAGAUGGAGCAUCGCCGCACUGGAAGUUAGAAGUUCGCCGGUAUUUGAACGGUGAACUCCCUCAGCGGUGGAUUGGGCGUAAAGGAACCGACGAUUUGGCGAUUCAUCCCUGGCCACCACGUUCCCCUGAUCUCACAGUGUGA